AUGGGACAAACCGUCGCUACGCCCCUGAGCCUCACUCUCGACCGCUGGUCGGACGUAAAAGGCCGUGGCAACAAUGAAGGAGUCAUCAUCAAAAAGAAUAAAUGGACCACUCUCUGCGAGGCCGAAUGGGUUAUGAUGGCUGAGCCGCCACCUUAUCGCGCGGCACUGGCCGCGCCAGCCGCGGGACCGGAAACAGGGGCGCCGGCCAUCGGAGGGACAGCAGCCCCUGAGAGGAUGGCAACUGGCGGGGACACAGGGGGGACCCCGGUUCCCUCACCCAUCGCCAGUCGCCUUCGGGCCCGCCGGGAUGACACCCCCCUGGGAUCCAAGGCCUUUCCCCUCAGAGAAGGGCCCGGCUGCCAUCUCCAGUACUGGCCAUUCUCGGCCUCUGAUCUCUAUAACUGGAAACAAUUUAACCCCCCGUUUUCCAAAGAUCCCCAGCGGGUGUUCCUGGAAGCACGGAAGCAGGUCCCCGGCGAAGAUGGAAGACCUACCCAGCUCCCCAAUCUCAUUGACAUAGCCUUCCCCCUCGCGAGCCCGAAUUGGGAUUAUACCACCGAUGAAGGGGUGAAUGACUCAUAUUAUGACACCUCCACCACAUUGCUGCCUGUAUUACCACCUCCACCACCAUCACCUCCACCACCAUCACCUCCACCUCCACCACCUCCACCUCCAUCACCUCCACCUCCAUCACCUCCACCAUCACCUCCACCUCCACCACCUCCACCUCCAUCACAUCUACCAUCACCUCCACCUCCACCACCUCCACCUCCAUCACCACCACCAUCACCUCCACCACCAUCACCUCCACCUCCAUCACCUCCACCUCCAUCACCUUCACCACCAUCACCUCCACCUCCAUCACCUCCACCACCAUCACCUCCACCUCCAUCACCUCCACCUCCAUCACCUCCACCUCCAUCACCACCACCAUCACCUCCACCACCAUCACCUCCACCUCCAUCACCACCUCCAUCACCUCCACCAUCACCUCCACCACCAUCACCUCCACCACCAUCACCUCCACCACCAUCACCUCCACCUCCAUCACCUCCACCUCCAUCACCUCCACCUCCAUCACCUCCACCAUCACCUCCACCACCUCCACCUCCAUCACCUCCACCUCCAUCACCUCCACCAUCACCUCCACCUCCAUCACCUCCACCUCCAUCACCUCCACCAUCACCUCCACCUCCAUCACCACCACCUCCAUCACCUCCACCUCCAUCACCUCCACCUCCAUCACCUCCACCAUCACCUCCACCACCUCCACCUCCACCACCUCCACCUCCAUCAUCUCCACCUCCAUCACCUCCACCAUCGCCUCCACCUCCAUCACCUCCACCUCCAUCACCUCCACCAUCACCUCCACCUCCAUCACCACCACCAUCACCUCCACCUCCAUCACCUCCACCAUCACCACCACCUCCACCUCCAUCACCACCUCCAUCACCUCCACCACCAUCACCUCCACCUCCAUCACUGUCACCACCUCCAUCACCUUCACCACCACCAUCACUGUCACCACCUCCAUCAUCUCUACCACUAUCACUGUCACCACCUCCAUCACCUCCACCACCAUCACCUCCACCUCUAUCACCAUCACUGUCACCACCUCCACCAUCACCUCCACCUCCAUCACCUCCACCACCACCAUCACUGUCACCACCUCCAUCAUCUCUACCACCAUCACCUCCACCACCUCCACCUCCACCAUCACCACCACCACCUCCACUACCUCUACCACCACCGCCUCUACCUAUACCCCCACCACAACCACCUCUACCACAAUCACCUUCAUCACCUCCACCUCCAUCACCACCUCCAUCACCACAACCACCACCACCAGCACUACCACCAGCACCAGCACCACCACCACCACCACCACCUCCACCUCCACCACCACCUCUUCCACCACCAUCAUCACCUCCACCACCUUAACCUCCGCUUUCACCACUAUCUACUCUGGUAUUUCUAGACUCAUAA